CCAAAUGCUCCCUGCCCACACAGCAGCUGGCCCUCUGGCACUCUGUGGUCAAUUGCUGUGCCCUGGCAGCGGGGCUGUUGGGAUCUGGGGAGAUAUGUGAUGGAGCUGCAGCUGGGCUUGUAGGGCCAUUGCAAUGGGAUCGGUGCCUGGAGCUAGGCAUGCAGCAGUGGGCUGGGGCUGCUCAAGGGACCCAGCCAGAGAGGGCUGCUGGUGACUAUCCACUAACCGCAUGUGUGCUCAGUGGCCUGCCGUCCCAUUUAUUAGCACUUAAAACUUGCUGUCUCUGCUCCAAAUGGAGUGUUUACAGCAUUGACACAAACAGCUGUCCCAGUCAGCCAGAUCAUAACAAAUGGGAGCUCUGGCUGGAGUGUUAUUUUGCUGCAAGGGGGCAAUACAUCUUAUUACUAAACAAUGAAGUUCGUGAUGGAUGGUGACGAGGCUCUUCGCUGUCUUGCUUGAUGAUCGCACUGAAAAAUAAACAUAAAACCUAAGAUGUUUCCAGGGAUCUAGGCAAGGCCUUGCACUGUGCUUGGUUAGAGACAGCUUUGAGGUUCCCUGGUGCCUCAGCUGCAAGAGCCUUUGCAGCAGGCUGCUGGUUUUGCUGCCUUUUCUCCACAGUGGAUUAUCUGGGAGGAUCUGAGGAGGUCCAGGAGUGAAAUUCCAGGAGAGAAAAAGAUGUGCUCAUCAAAAACAUCGGGUGUAGCAAGAGCUGAGGACAGCUGGUCACUUCCCUGGGAAUAAUGCAGAGGUCUUGUUAGUAGUGAUGUUGUCUGAUUACCGGGCAUACGGGUCUAACUGUGUCAUUUUGAUCCAGCCUGAAGUAGGGCUGCAUCACUGCUGGACUGAGGGUGGAAAUGGGGACACAGUCCUUCAGGGGGCUACAGGGGUGUAUGGGAACUGUUGAGUCACAGCCUGAACCACUGAUUGAGCACCUGGGGAAAGGACCGGGUCAGCCCUGGCAGCACAGGUGAAGGCAAUUCAGCUGUGCAACUGGAAGAGGUGGAGUCUGGUUGCACCUCUCUUAGACCCCAUUUAAGGGCUGACUGCCACUGGGGAAAGAUCUCUUUCUGGAGAUCCUCCUCUUUGGUGGAGCUUUCCCCUGCAAGCCUGGAACCUUCUGAUAUGGAUGCAUUAAUUACUGAGGUUGCUCUCCUUAUUUCGACUCUGGUGUUCUCCAGAAGGCAGCAGGAGCAGAAUCAUUAAGGUUGGAAAAGACCACUGAGAUCACCAAGUCAUCCCAUCCCCACCAUGCUCACUAAACCACGUCCUUCAGUGCCUCCCCAGGAAUGGUGACUCCACUACCUCCAUAUUGCUUCCUCAGCCCAGUUAGUGCAGAUGAACACUGUGCCUUUGUCCUCUGAGCUACCUCUCUGCUUUGGUGCCAUUUGCAAUGAACCUGGAGAUGCUGGAGCAGAAAGUGCAAGCAAAGCCUUCCUGCUGACACUUCAGGAUCCAAAGAGCAGCUCCAUCAACCAGGUUCUUCCACUGGCAGCAGACCAGGCGGCACGCCAGCACCAGAUCCACCGCAGCUGCCUGGAAACCCUCCGCCGCCGCAUACCGUCCGUCUGCUAUCGGUUCUGCAGAGCUAUGGCCACCAUCAGCGACCUCCCCGAGGACGUGCUGGUGGAGCUGCUGUCCCUGCUGCCCGCCCGGGACCUGCUCCGUGCGUGCAGGCCGGUGUGCUCCCAAUGGCGCGACGUGGUGGACCUCACCACCCUCUGGAAGCGCAAGUGCCAACGCGAGGGGUUCUACGUGCAGAGCUUGGAUAGGAGCAUCACCGACUGGAAGGUGUUCUACCUGCUGUGCAAGCUGAAGAGGAACUUGAUCAAAAAUCCCCGAGCUGAAGAGAGCUUUAAGCACUGGAAACUUGAUCAGAAUGAAGGAGAUAAGUGGAAGAUCGAGGAUCUGCCUGGACCCCUGGGGAAAGAGCUGCCAGACUCAGAAGUCCGCAAAUACUUUGUCACUUCGUUUGGGCCAUGCUUCAAAUCUCAGCUGAUUACCCUGAAGAAAGAAGGGUACUGGAAUGAGCUGAUGGAUGAGAAACGGCCUGAAAUUGUAGUUAAGGACUGGUACGCUGCCAGAUUUGACUGUGGUUGUCGCUAUGAGCUCAGAGUGAGGCUGCUUUCUGAAAACUACAUUGUGCUUGAUGAGUUCUGUCCUGAGCCAGUGGUCAUAGAGCAGUGGAGCGACGCAAUGUGGAGAGAGAUUUCCCACACCUUCAGCAAUUACCCAGCUGGAGUUCGUUACAUCUGGUUUCAGCAUGGAGGCCAAGAUACCCAAUUCUGGGCAGGAUGGUAUGGGAUCAGGGUGACAAACAGCAGCAUCACCAUUGGGCCCCAGACAUUGAAGGCAAAUGAAGACACAAUAUAAGUGUUUUCUUUUACCUCAGGAUUGUGACCCGGUGGUCUCAGGUGCACUUAUUUGUCUGUACUCUCUGGGUGAAUAUCCUGGCUUUGUCUUGCACAGCUGAUGUGGAAUACAAGCAGCUAGCUCUCCUUGUUCACAGCAGAACUUCUGCAGGCCCAGCCCUUCGGAAGGACUUCUGUCUUCAUCUGUCCUUCACUGUGGCAGUGACAAUUCCUGGUGCCCUUCCAUAGGAGGAAGACGAGGGCAAUUAAAUAUGACAUCUAUCUUAAGUGAAUAGCAUUUGGCUGUAGCACAAGUACAUGGCAAUCUUAAGUGGAAACUCUUUCUUGUUUAUACAACUUAAUUAAAACAAGGCUAAAAUCUUUCAGUUCAGAUUAUCAACCCUUGGCUAGAGGACUCUGCUACAGACAGACUUGUUUUGUACGGUAUUUUUCUGUUUCAGUUUAAUUACGUACAUAAAGGUGUAUCUUUCACAGCAUUGUGCAACCUUCAGUCUUCUUUAUCUAUAUAUGCUGUGUCACUGAUAUUUAAUUCUGUAGUUUCUGUAAGUAUACAAGAUCAAAGUGGUGUAUGUCUUCCCUGUCCAAAUACAGCUCGUUAUUGUUGGAAUGAACAAAGAGGAGGAAGGAAUCCCUUAAGGUGGAUACCUGACAACGUAAGUGCCUUUGGAUUGAACUGCUUUUUUCCAUAUUACCAUCAUACUACCAAAGAACUUGGUUUGUACUGAACAGUAACCUUAUAUAAAACGUUAAAGCCACAAACAA